AAUCAUUAAACAUAGCAAAACGACGAACAAGGACGGCAGCUGAUGAACGCUACGUCGAACUCAAGAUGACGAUGAAAUUAGCACAAAACCCCCUGUAAUUUCUUAUAUUACCAAAAAAGUCCAAUUUCAAGGACCUAUUAUAAAUAAAGUUUAGGUGUCACGUACCUAUAUAUAAUUGUGGCUCAUAAUUCAUCUCUCUCUGAGCUUCAUCACUCCAUUUCGAAUCCCUUCCCGAUCAUGCUCCAGAGCCUUCUCCCCCACUCGCCGCCGAUCAAUGCCAACUCCGAUCCAUCGCCGGCAUCGUCUCCGAUGAGCGCGAAGCGCUCGGCCUCCGGCGAGCUCCACGGCGACGACGAUGAUCAGGGCGGCGCGAGGAAGAAGCGCUACCUCCAUGACGGGGAGGAAGACGAGGAUGGGACGGUGCCGGAGAUGGAGAGAGGGCGGAGAGGAGCUGAGUCACGUGGGCUCCGGCUUCUCGGAUUGCUCCUUCAGUGCGCGGAGGCGAUCGCUAUGGAUCGGCUUACUGAGGCGAGAGACAUCCUCCCGGAGAUCUCCGAGCUCGCGUCGCCGUUCGGGUCAUCGCCGGAGCGUGUGGCGGCGUACUUCGCUGAGGCGUUGAACGCCCGGAUCGUGAGCUCGUUCCUUGGGACCUAUUCGCCGUUGGCGCUCAAAUCGCUGACGAUGGAGCAGAGCCGGCGGAUCUCGCAGGCGUUCCAAUCCUACAACUCGAUCUCGCCAUUGGUGAAGUUCUCGCACUUCACGGCGAAUCAGGCGAUCUUUGAGGCGUUGGAAGGGGAGGAUCGCGUGCAUAUCAUCGAUCUGGAUGUGAUGCAAGGGCUUCAAUGGCCGGGGCUCUUCCACAUCCUCGCAUCGCGCCCGGCCAAGAUCCGAUCCCUUCGCAUCACCGGCCUUGGAUCUUCGAUCGAGCUUCUCGAAGCCACCGGUCGCCGCCUCACCGACUUCGCUGCCUCCCUGGGUCUCCCCUUCGAGUUCCAACCCCUUGAGGGCAAGAUAGGGCACAUCACCGACCCGGCAGCACUCGCCCCGCGAGAUUGCCGAGAGGUCACCGUCGUUCACUGGAUGCACCACUGUCUCUACGACGUCACCGGUUCCGAUCUCGGCACCAUCCGGCUUCUCAAAGCCCUGCGGCCGAAGCUCAUCACCGUUGUCGAGCAGGACCUCAGUCACGCCGGUGACUUUCUCGGUAGGUUCGUCGAAGCCCUCCACUACUACUCCGCCCUCUUCGACGCUCUCGGCGACGGCGCCGACGGUGACAACGCCGACCGCCACGCCGUCGAGCGGCAACUCCUCGGCUCAGAGAUCCGCAACAUCGUCGCAGUCGGCGGCCCCAAGCGCACGGGCGAGGUGAAGGUAGAGAGAUGGGGAGAUGAACUCCGGCGAGCAGGGUUCCGGUGGGUAUCCCUCUCCGGAAGCCCAGCGGUGCAGGCAAACCUCCUUCUCGGCAUGUUCCCCUGGAAAGGCUACACUCUCAUAGAAGACGGUGGUUGUUUGAAGCUUGGUUGGAAGGAUCUCUCCCUUCUCACCGCCUCCGCCUGGCAUCCCGGCCCCUCCACCGCCGCCGCCGACGAGGAGCUCUAAAAGAGGUACGCGUUCUUCUUUCUCUGAAUCUCCACCAUUGCUCCUCUUUCUCCUUUUCUUCCUCCUCUUUGUUGAAAAAAGCUUCAUAGAGUUCAGUGUGAUAAAAGAGUGAUAGUUAUCAUUGAUCACUGUUCACUAAGAAAGAGGUACAAAAAGGGGAAGAUGAGUGAAAAAGGCAAGAGUUUUUAGAACCAAUGAAGGAAAAGGGGGAAUGAUCCUUCAUUGAUUGAUUACUUUGUAGUUUGAGUGAGAAAAAAAAAAAGGGGGGGAUCUUCUUGUUUUAGUGCUAGAAAAGUAGCAAGUAAUAAACUUUGGGUUUGUUUAUAUAUAUAUAUAUUUUAUAUUUAUUAUA